CAACUGCUCUUCAUCACUCAGCAAUUCCUAAUUCUUGAAUAGGGUCUCUCGAUUUCUCAUAUUUCAUCCGUUUCGUUUUCAAGAUUCAUGUGGAAGUCUCGCAUUGUGGCUGGAUUUUAAUUAGAUGAAACAAUUGCGUGUGUUUGAAUUGGAUUAACAAAAUUGUGAAUUUCCAAUUAGAAAAUCUUGAUUUCUCGAGGCGAUUGCAUUUAAUACCAGUUUUCCACAAUUUAGAUUCGCCUUGUUUUGCGUAAAGACAGCUUCAAAUUAUUGAAAAAUCAUAUCUUUAUUGUGUUUCUUCUGAAGUAUAUAUAUAUAUUCAUUCUGCUGCCGGUUGAAACGACUUUUUAGCAUCAAUCUCUCACUGUCACACACCAGUUUCUUUUCACUAUCUCUGGUUCUUGAAAAUCCAUUGCUUGAUUAUGAAGUUUUGAGGGCGUGAAAAUGUGUAAAUUGGAGGAUGGGGUUGAGGCAGAGGAGAGCCAUCCGCAAUGGAAUGUGGGGAUGAAUAUCUUGGGUGGAAAGGAAGUUGCGGAGACCAUGUAUUUGAGGCUCUCUCAUGCUAGAAUGAAGCUAUGGAUUCUGAGAUUAAUCACCACAUUAUUGAUAUGGAUAUGCAUUAUGCAAUUUGUGGCAGUUGGAGAAGAUUGGGGGCCAAAGUUGUUGAAGAGCUGGCCUUCUUGUUCCAUCCCUCCCAUUAUGCAUGAUGCAACUAAUGUGUCUUCUUUUCUGCCCAAACGGCCUCAUCUUCCACCUAAGAGAGUAUACAACAAUAAUGGUUACCUUGUUGUUUCUUGCAAUGGAGGGCUCAACCAAAUGCGAGCAGCUAUUUGUGAUAUGGUUUCCAUAGCCAGACACCUUAACAUUACUCUAAUUGUCCCUGAAUUGGAUAAAACAUCGUUUUGGGCGGAUCCGAGGUCAAUAGAAAUUACUCCAUGUACUCACAUCCUAUAUCACCAGUGUCUUUUGCUUAUUAGAUUUUGUUAUCUCUGCUGCAGUGAUUUUCAGGAUAUAUUCGAUGUUGAUCACUUCAUUCUUUCAUUGAGGGAUGAGGUUAGGAUACUGAAAGAACUUCCACCACGGCUUAAAAGGAGAGUAGAACGUGGAAUGUCCCAUGAGUUGCCUCCUGUUAGUUGGUCGAAUCUUUCUUACUACCAUCAGCAGAUUCUUCCACUUCUUAAAAGGCAUAAAGUUGUACGCUUAAAUAAAACUGAUGCUCGCCUUGCCAACAACGGAUUGCCACUCGAAGUUCAGAAGCUACGUUGCAAAGUGAAUUUCAAUGCACUGAGAUUUACUACCCCAAUCCAGGAGUUGGGCAGAAAAGUGGUCAGGAUGCUGAGACGAAAAGGUUCUUUCCUUGUGCUCCACCUUAGAUACGAAAUGGACAUGCUGUCCUUUUCUGGCUGCACUCGAGGCUGCAACACCAAUGAGAUAAAUGAACUGACUGCAAUGAGAUAUUCUAACCCUGGGUGGAAGGAGAAAGUCAUAGAUCCCGACCUUAAAAGGAAAGACGGUCUAUGCCCUUUGACGCCUGAAGAAACUGCUUUAGUGCUGAGGGCUCUUGGUAUCGAUCCUAAUGUUCAAAUAUACAUAGCAGCUGGAGAGAUUUAUGGUGGCAAAAGGCGACUGAAAAGUUUAACUAACGCGUUCCCCAAUCUGGUUACAAAGGAAAUGUUGCUGGAGCCCUCUGAUUUGUCGUUUUUCAAGAAUCACUCGUCACAGAUGGCUGCUCUGGACUAUCUUGUUUCAUUGGAGAGUGAUGUUUUUGUUCCCACGUACGAUGGAAAUAUGGCUAGAGUUGUAGAAGGACAUCGCAGGUAUUUAGGUUUCAAGAAGACUAUUCUACUUAACAGGAGAAUUUUGGUUGGUUUGAUCGAUCAAUACAACGAAGGAACGUUGAGCUGGGACGAGUUCUCAUUCCACGUGAAGGAGGCUCAUGAAAACCGAGUGGGGAGCCCCAAGAAGCGCGCUAUAAUCCCAGACAGACCGAAGGAGGAAGAUUACUUUUAUAGCAACCCACAGGAAUGCCUUGCUGCAGAUACUUGACAUUUUUGGCACGUAUAUUAUGCUCGUGUAGAUUACAUUGACAGCACACAGCUCGUGUGUAGACUAUGAGAACAGAUGCUUGCAGGAGGAUGAGGAUGAGGCCGGCCUUUACACGAUUCUUUUAUUUAAGAAUCUGUACAGAUUCAAAUCACCCUUUGAGUUGCAGGAUUGUAGAAAACUCUGUUAGGAAAAUGAAUAGGUCUGCUGCUGAUUGUUGGAUAACAUUUGAGAAACAUGUUUUGCCUUUCUUACCAUCUUUUUUGGUAUUUCAAUUUCUUAGGAAAUGAUUCCACACUUUCAA